AUUUGAUCUCCUAAUUUUGAUUUCCGCCACCAUUGAAAUCAAAAAGCAUUAGAGAGAGAAAAACAACACAUAGAGAGAGAAAAUGUCAGGUUGGGAUGAAGGAGCAGUGUACUACAGUGAACAAGCACAGUUCCCAGCUGGUCGCACCGGCGAAACCAACAACAGUUCCGAUGCAGCCGCCAGUAGCCGACACUCAUGCCUCCUUAAAUUCAAAGAAUUCAUCCGAAGCUUCGAGACGGAAUCGAAUGUAUUCCCUUAUCGUCAAAGUUUAAUCCACAAUCCUACUUCACUUGUUGUCAACCUUGAACAUCUUGAUGCAUUUGAUCCUCAUCUUCCGUCACUCCUCCGAUCUUCUCCCGCCGAUUUCCUACCACUUUUUGAGAAUGCGGCGUCUGAGGUUUUGGCAAGUUUGACGUCUAAAGUUGCUGGUGAGACUGGAGAAAUGGAGGAGCCUUUUACUGAGGAUCUUCAGGUUCUUCUUACUUCUAAUGAGGAUUCUGUCUCUAUCCGUUCUCUUGGUGCUCAAUUCAUAUCAAAAUUGGUGAAAAUAUCUGGGAUUACCAUUGCUGCUUCAAGGACCAAAGCGAAAGCUACUUAUGUGACACUACUCUGCAAGAACUGUAAAAAUGUCAAGCUUGUUCCUUGUCGUCCCGGUCUUGGUGGUGCCAUCAUUCCUAGAUCUUGUGACCAUCUUCCUCAGCCUGGUGAAGAACCCUGCCCUCUUGAUCCUUGGUUUAUAGUUCCUGAUAGAAGCAAGUAUGUUGAUCAGCAAACCCUCAAACUUCAAGAGAAUCCUGAGGAUGUUCCAACUGGAGAGCUUCCAAGAAACAUGCUUCUUUCCGUAGAUAGACAUCUUGUUCAAACAAUUGUUCCGGGCACCAGACUCACUGUCAUGGGAAUUUACAGUAUUUUUCAAGCUAACAAUGCAUCUACUUCUCAUAAAGGAGCUGUUGCAAUUAGACAACCUUAUAUAAGAGUUGUAGGAAUAGAGGAAGCCAAUGAGGCUAACUCUCGAGGUCAAGCUGCUUUCACUUCUGAUGAGAUUGAAGAGUUCAAAAAAUUUGCUGGUCAGCCUGAUGCUUAUCAAACCAUAUGCUCUAAGAUUGCACCCUCCAUCUUUGGCCAUGAUGAUGUGAAGAAGGCUGUGGCUAGCCUUUUGUUUGGCGGAUCAAGGAAGACUUUGCCAGAUGGUGUUAGGUUAAGAGGUGACAUCAAUGUGCUGCUUUUAGGGGACCCUUCUACUGCCAAAUCACAGUUUCUGAAGUUUCUGAAGUUUGUUGAGAAGACAGCACCUGUAGCUGUUUACACUUCGGGUAAAGGAUCUUCAGCUGCUGGUCUCACAGCUUCUGUGAUUCGUGACAGUGGUUCACUGAAUCUGUUGGUUGCUACUAACGUUGGUGAAGAAGGACUUGAUAUUCAGACAUGCUGCCUUGUAAUACGGUUUGAUCUUCCUGAAACUUUGGCUAGCUUUAUACAGUCCAGAGGCCGUGCAAGAAUGCCUCAGUCAGAAUAUGCUUUUUUAGUUGACAGUGAAAACGAGAGAGAGAUGAAUUUGAUGGACAGUUUCAGAAAAGAUGAGGAUCUUAUGAACAUGGAUAUUAGGGACAGAAAGCCCAAUGGAGUUAUUGCAGAUUUCAACGAAGAAGUUUAUUCCGUAGACUCCACUGGUGCUACCAUUAGUGCUCAAAGUAGUGUUUCGUUGCUCUACCAUUACUGUUCUAAACUGCCACAUGAUGAGUAUUUUAACCCCACGCCAGAAGUCUUUAAUGUUGAUGAUACAGAAGGAACCAUAUGCCACAUUAUUCUUCCUUCUAAUGCUCCUAUUCAUCACAUAGUGAGUGCGCCCCAGUUGUCAAUGGAAGCAACGAAAAAAGAUGCUUGUCUAAGGGCAUGCAAAGAGUUGCAUCAAGUUGGUGCUUUGACUGAGUAUCUGUUGCCAGAACAGGACAAUGUAAGGGAAGAGGCUAACCUCGAUAGUUCUGAUUCUGAUAGCAUUGAAGACGAAGAUUCACCAUUUGAGUUGCAGGAGAUGGUAGUUCCUGCUGCAUUGAAGGAACCUUGGUCUGAUGCAGAUACCUGUGUUUGUCUCAAUUCCUACUUUAUAAGGUUUAAACCUGAACCACAUGAUAGACUGUAUAAAGAAUUUGGCCUUUUUGUAAAAUCACCUCUGCCUUGUGAGGCUGAGCAAAUGAAGGUUGAUCUUCAUCUCGCCCAUGGUAGAUCUGUGUUGACUGAUCUGGUUCCGUCUGGAGUUUCCGAAUUUAACAAACAAGAGAUGCUGCUGGCUCUGAAUUUCCAGGAAAUGUGCCUUAAGAUCAUUCUUGAUCGUUCAGAAUUUAUGUGUGGUCAUGUUCCCCUCAAGAAUAAUAAAGUUAGUGAAUCAAAUUCAUCCAUAUUCUAUCUGGUGCUCCCUGUCAUUCCACAAGAGUGCGACAACUCGAUAUCUGUGGAUUGGAUGGUCAUUAGAAGGUGCUUGUCAUCGCCAAUAUUUGCACCUCAUGGUCAUUUACUGAGUACUCGGAUUACUCUAGAUAGUUAUUUGCAGCUUGCUGAUGGACCUGCCAGUGUAAAUGAUAUUCUGAAUAGCUUAAUUUAUGUUUCCUACAAGAAAUCAUUCUUCUUUGUUUCCCAAAUUCUCCCUGACAAGAACGGGUUUAGUCUCCACAACAGUUCUACAAGCCAUAUAGAGCACUUGAGUGGAAGCUUUGGGAUUCAUCUAGCACACCCAGGACAACCUCUACUACAAGCUAAACAGCUCUUUUGCUUACACAAUUUGUUGCAUGACAGAAAGAAAGGAAAUCCAGGGUCACGUGAACUAGAUGAACACUUCUUCGAACUACCACCUGAGUUGUGUGAAAUAAAGAUAAUCGGAUUUUCCAAGGACUUGGGGAGCUCAUUGUCUCUGUUGCCAUCUAUCAUGCAUCGCCUGGAAAACGUGCUUGUAGCAAUUGAACUGAAGGAUAUAUUGUCCAAGUCAUUUGCUGAGGGAACAGUGGUUACGGCUGAACGUGUUCUUGAAGCAUUGACUACCGAACAAUGCCACGAGCGCUUUUCCCUUGAGAGGCUAGAAGUUCUUGGUGAUGCUUUUCUCAAGUUUGCAGUGGGGCGACAUCUCUUUCUUAAGCAUGAAAAUUUUGACGAAGGGCAGUUGACUAGGAGGCGUUCAAAUCUAGUAAACAACUCGAACUUAUGCAAGCUGGCUAUUAAGAAUAAAUUACAGGGAUACAUACGUGAUCAAGAAUUUGACCCUGGCCAAUUUUUUGCUCUUGGUCGUCCUUGCUCCAUCAUAUGUACCAAGCAGACGGAAAGUUUAAUUCAUUGUGACUCUGAAGUUAAUCUGAGAAAUGGGAUUGAUAAUCGUCAACUGAGAUGCAGCAAAAAUCAUCAUUGGUUAACCAAGAAAACAAUUGCAGAUGUAGUUGAAGCACUGGUUGGAGCUUACAUUGUUGACAGUGGCUUUAAAGCAGCAAUUGCAUUCCUUAGAUGGUUUGGUAUGCAAGUUGAAUUUGAAGUUUCUCAAGUUUGUCGUGCAUGGACUGCAAGUUCCAGGUUUAUGUCACUUGCAAACCAAAUUAGUAUCCCAGAUAUUGAAGGUAUCGCGGGUCAUCGUUUUGUUCACAAAGGCUUAGUUCUUCAAGCAUUUGUACAUCCCUCGUACAAUCGGCAUGGAGGAGGUUGCUACCAGAGAUUGGAGUUUCUUGGUGAUGCUGUGUUAGAUUACUUGAUCACAUCCUAUCUAUAUACCGUGUUCCCUGAGCUGAAACCUGGCCAGUUGACUGAUUUAAGAUCAUCCCUUGUGAACAACAGCUCGUUUGCUCAAGUAGCCGCUAGUGGAUUGUACAAAUAUAUUAUAUGUGAGAAUAACAACCUAUGUGCUGCUAUUGAUAAGUUUGUAAACUUCAUCAGAAAGCCUGCUUCAGAAAGGCAUCUACUCGAGGAGCCACCAUGCCCGAAGGCUCUCGGUGACUUGGUUGAAUCUUGUAUUGGUGCGAUUCUUCUUGACACGGGAUUUGACUUGAAUCAUGUGUGGAAGGUGAUGCUCUUGUUUCUAAACCCUGCCAUGAGAUUUUCUAAUUUGCAGCUUAGUCCUAUUAGAGAGCUGUUGGAGCUAUGCCAAUAUCAUGGCUGGGAUUCAAAAUUUAUCCCUUCUAAAAGAAAUAGAAGUUUCAUGGUUGAGGCAAUAGUGGAUGGAAAAAGUUUUGCCUCUGUUACAUACCGUAGCAUUAAAGGUGCAAAGAGAAUGGCUGCGCAACAAGCAACUCAAAAGCUGAAGGCUCAGGGUCACAGACUGAAGACUAAAUCACUGGAGGAAGUCCUUAAAACUCUGCGAAAGAUGGAAGCCAGGCUGGUUGGAUAUGAUGAGAUGCCUUUUUCCCUAGUUUCUUCCAGCGAGUUGGCUACUGUUGGAAAUUUGAGUAUGGAGGAUCUUUCUAAUAAUUGUGUGAACCCAGCAAAACUCUCCUUUGGAAACUUGACUUUGAACGAUGAUCCCAUUUCCAGUGCUUGUGUGAGUCCCGACCACAACAUGUAUGAAGUCCCGACAGUUAUCUCUAAUUUUCAGAAAAAAUCCAGAAAAGCACCCAUUUCUUCGUUUAAAAGACAGCAGCAUAGUCGGCCUGAUGGGGAUGAUAACUGUAGCAUUGACUCAGAUGUGCAUGGGAAAGCAACAGCAAGAUCACGAUUACAUGAGAUAUGUGUUAAAAACUGCUGGAGACACCCCGUUUAUGAGUGCUGUAAAGAGGAAGGACCGAGCCAUUUGAAACUAUUCACUUUCAAGGUAGUGGUGCUAAUCGAGGAAGCCGAAGAUGUGGCAUUGGAGUGCUUUGGUCGACCCCAAGUCAAAAAGAAAGCGGCGGCAGAAGAGGCAGCAGAAGGUGCAAUUUGGUUCUUGAAGAAGGAAGGCUACAUAAAGUAAUAAGAACAUGAAUUAUGUGUAUAAAUAGAGGCUAUGUUAGUAAAUAAAUACUUCUAGUAAAUAGUAAGCAGUCCUCCCUGUGA